GUUUGAAACAGUGAAAGGCUGUGCGCGUCUUGCCCGUGAUGACUAUUCCUGCAAACAUGGCGCAAGAAGAAAAGGACGUAUGGAUUGAUCUCAAUCUUUCCAAGGAUCAUGCUCGAGAGCACCCACUCGAGAAUGCGAUUUGUGAGCUUGUUGCGAAUGCCCUGGACGCCAGCGAAAAGAAGCCACAAUUUCGAGCUGUAGCCGCGAACAAGAUCGAGCUGGAGGACCAAGGGCCUGGUUUGUCCCUUGAUGCCUGGGUCGUCGGUCGAAGCAGCAAAGCCAUGGGCCAUUUUGGUCUCGGCCUCAAGGAUGCUAUGGCAAUUCUCAUGCGCGAGAAGGUGCAGGUUCAGAUUGAAUCGAGCAAAGGCAACUACCACUUCAAAGAGAAAAGAGGCCAGACUUUAGUCGAGACCAUCCAUGUUCAGCAGACCCCCAGCUCGCGUGACAUUGGGACCAAGAUUACCCUGUCCUUGCAGAACAAUGCUGCACAAGAACUUGUGACAGAGGUGCAGACCAAGUUCUUGCGACUGUCCUCAAUCUACACCUUCCUGGGCGAGUACGACGGCGUGCAGGUCUUUUCGAAGUCAGAUGGCAAGCCUGCUUCUCAUACCUCACUGUUUGUCAAAGGCUUUGCCAUGACAACGAGCAGUGCCUUUUUCUUCAGCUACAACAUCCUUUCACCCACGCAAGAACAGAACGAAUGCUGUAAUCGUGACCACCAUGUGACCUAUUUCAAACCUUUUAGAGCUGCUAUCAUCGCUGCAGUGGAAAAUCUUUGGCAGCCGAAAUUGGCAGAGGCUUACACCUCGAAAUAUCGCGACAACAAGGGACAUUAUGAACUUGCUUGGACCGAGUUCGAAGGACUGGGAAUAACUGCACGGCAUUCCUAUGGCAAGCCUCAAGCAUCAACCAACUUGUUAUACCGUGCUGCGCCGCCAGUCGCAUCAGCCCCACUGCCCGCCGAAAGGUUUUUGGCACAACUUGCUAAGCUGGCGAAGCUUCCGCCUGCAUCCACUUCCAUCGCGCGCGCCUGCACCUCUGAUCGUGCGCAUCGCAUCCUGGACGAUAAGUCUGGACCAGUGACGCUUGUUGAAGUGAAUCGUCUCAUCAACCAUUUCAGUCCCGAAGAUGCCGUUCCACCAGACCACAGAAAAGUCGUUGAUCGCCUGGUGCGGACGCUUCAUGAGGAUCCUAUGCUGAGCGUCGAUGAGGUCUAUCCCGGGGGCUCUUAUGCCAAAGGCACAAGCACGGGUGCACAAUCCGAUGUGGAUUUGCUCGUUGUUUUGAACGACAUCCCGACUGAGAACCAUUCACGUUGGCUGUACAUGGUGCUGACCGAAUUGCGCCGCGUUGUGGAGCUGGGCCUGCAAGGCAACUGUCAAGAUGUGAAGGUGACGCGCUUUGCGGUCCAGCUGCGAGUGGACAACGUGAACGUUGACUUGCUUCCCGUCCCCGCAGCCCUAUGGCGCUCGACCGACCAACGCAUGAAAAUCGUGAAUAGCGCGGCCCUUGAAGACCGGCGUUGGCUUUCCGUGGCGUUUGCCAAAGAGCAGGUGAAGUACGUCAGAGAAAAAAAAGAAACUGCUGGCGUGACCGGCAUCAUCCGACUCAUCAAGCGAUGGCUGGCCACCCAAAAAUGGCGUUCCAAGCCUCCCUCAUUUUUGAUCGAGCUCAUGGUGUUGGAAGCAAAAUCGCGCCUGCCCGAGGCGGAUCACUUGGCGUUGCUCAAUAAGUUUUGGGAACUCGUAAGGCACCACGAAACGCUUUGUAUCAUUCACGGUUCAGCGGUGCAUGCUGAGAUUGCACAUGAGCGGCCCUUGGUGGUUGAUCCAGCAAAUCCGACCAAUAACGUGGCAGGCAGCUUCCAAUGGGACGAGUUUGUGGGCUUUGCCCGUGAGAUACAUGCCACUCGGCUGCGUAAGUUUGUCCGGGAUCUGAGCUAAGAAAAAGCGCAUCCCCAAAUGUGUGCCACUCGCGAGUUCUUGACCAUGUUUACAAUUGAUCUUGUCAAGU